UGACAGUCGACUUUUGUGUUUUACCACAUAUUUUGAACAUUUCUUUAAACAUUUACAUUAAACGUAACCUCUUUUCUCGGAUUAUCUCUUCAUUUGCCAUACAUGCAUCAAUUAGGAAAUAAGUACUGCUAUGGCUAUAGUGUUGCAAAUAUCAGUCAAUACGAGCUCUGAAUAUGAUUAAGAAGAUUUCAUUGCCGAGUUCUCUGAGGCCGGGCGGCAAAGAAUCGGGAAAAGUAGUGAAAUACACGCCGUGUAGUACUUCAGGUCGACAUCUGGACGACGACUUGGAUGAGGUGGCGGUCAUCAGUAACGCCGCGCCCGAGAGUAUCAGAUAUGGAAGCGGACAACUGUCCACAGCUAACGGACCCCGUGUUGUGCCCGGAAUUAUCACUUCUCAUUUGGGAGGAGUUAGUAUUGUUCAGAGAGAUUACAGAGCGAUGAGCACUAGUAGUGCAUCUGCGAGACCAUCGCUAUCGCAGAUUCAGAUCCCGUCAGCGCUGGCGUCGACUAGUAUAGUGUCCGCCCGACCCGCGGACGGACACAAACUGAAAGUGAAGUGCGCUUCACGACAAUCGCUGAUAGACACGGUUACCGGCAAAUUCCAGCCCCGCAGGCCACCACAAAGUCAUUUGAGUUCAGAUCUGGAGAUUCCGAAGAAAACGCGAGAAUUGAGGCGAAAAGAGAUUAAGAAAGAGUUUGAGAGAUGGGAGACGUCGACGUCGGCGAGUGAUAGGGGCGGCUGUAACUGGUCUUUCGUGUUCGACCCGUCGGGUCGGUUGUGUUACUACUGGUCAAUGGUAGUGAGUGUGGCAUUUCUGUACAACUUCUGGACCAUUAUAUAUCGGUGCGCUUUCCAAGAAAUCAGUGAACAGACAGUUAGCACAUGGUUUACAUUCGACUAUUUGUCAGACUUUGUUUAUAUACUCGAUAUUGCGGUUCAUUUCCGGACCGGAUAUCUGGAAGAGGGUGUCCUCCAGACGGAUGGCGUGAAGUUGAGACAGCACUACAUGAAUUGCACCAUGUUUUACAUCGACUCUGUGUUGGGAUAUGUGGCCAAUAUUGUCACUAACGUUUCGGCCGCUCGUAAAGAAUUUCAAGCCAAAUUGGAUGCCGUGAAGACAUACAUGAGGAUGCGUCGGGUGCCGGAGCACAUCCAGACUAAAGUGAUUCGUUGGUUUGACUACCUUUGGAUGACUCAAAAGUCGUCCGAUGAGGAGAGAUCUGUUGGUUGUCUCCCAGAUAUCAUUGUGUUGUCAGAAGAGGGAAACGGGAGGUAA